GUGUGUAUGUCGUCGUAUCAUUGGCUGAACAGGUGCACUGUUGCACUCAGUUUCAUGUGACUGCACCUGCUCUCGCCCUACCUGUUUGACCAGACUUGAGUGCACCAAAAGUCACGCCCACCUUCCUCCAGGUCAGCCGCUGUAGCAUAGAGAGGAGGAACUUUCACUCUCGGGUUUCCUUGGAAUUGGUUGGGAUUUUGACUCAUGCAGCUCUAAUCUAAAUUAGUGAAGGCAGAUCUGCUUACAGGAGUGACAGUAUGGGGUCUGAUGAGGCCUACAACUUUGUUUUCAAAGUGGUUCUUAUUGGAGAAUCUGGCGUUGGUAAGAGCAACUUGCUGUCACGGUUCACCAAGAAUGAGUUUAAUCAUGACAGCCGGACGACCAUCGGAGUGGAGUUCAGCACAAGAACUGUGCAGCUAAACGGCCUCACCAUCAAAGCUCAGAUCUGGGACACAGCCGGACUGGAGCGGUACCGGGCCAUCACUUCUGCAUAUUAUCGAGGAGCGGUUGGAGCUCUACUAGUCUAUGACAUUUCAAAGCACUUGACGUAUGAAAGUGCUGAGCGCUGGCUGAAGGAGCUGUAUGAUCACGCAGAUCCACAUAUGGUAGUGAUGCUUGUGGGCAACAAAACGGAUCUGGCAGCAGUACGAUCUGUUCCAACAGAGGACGCAAAGGACUUUGCAGAAAAGAAUAGUCUUCUGUUCAUGGAAACCUCUGCUUUGGAGUCAGUAAACGUCGAGGCAGCAUUCAACACUGUGCUUACAGAAAUCCAUAAAAAGGUGAGCAGCAAAGAAGUGACCCGAGGCUCUAUCAAUGCUGUGACAUUAUCCCAGCCUAAAGCUGCAGCAGAUGACGCACAGGAGGAAAAGAAGGCCUGCUGUAAGAACCUGUGAAAGAACAUUCCGGGUAGAAGGACUUCACCAGGGGCCUAAAGGAGUUGUGAAUCCAGCUUGUACAGUAGAGCUAUCACUAUGAAAGAACGAGUAUGAUAAAAAACUAAAGGAAAUCCAUUUCAUUGACUGACAUAGGCAUAUGUGUAUUGUUAAAUAUUAUGUAACAAGUAAAAGGCAUUUUAAUGUUUGUCAGGUUUGACAAGGAUUAAUGUCAAAUUUAAUUAAUUUUAAUGUGUUUUCCCUAAAUGUUACCUCUCAGUAGAAGAUUUUUGUUUGUGUUAUUUAUGAAAUGUCAUGCCAAACUUUUUUUUUUAAACUUACAUUUAUUAAUUUAACAAACUUUUUUAAUCAAAAGAAACUUACAAAUGAAGAAUACAAGAAGCUUUCCAUCUUACUCAAGUUAUAAGAUCAACAGAUGCUGGAGGAAUAACUUUAUCACUUUAAUUAUCGUAAGAUGGCGGAAAGAACAUACUUUUCAAUUUGCAUGUUCAUCCUCACUGUUUAGUAUUUAAUUUUAUUUAUUCAACACACCUAAUGAAGACAACUGACAAAAACCCACACACAUAUGAUUAAGAAAAUUAUUUUUACUAUUUUAAGACCAAUCAGCACUAAUUAAAUAUUUUCUGUAAUUAAAAUCUAUAUAUAAACAUUUAUAAGCAAAGUGUUGAUUUGAAUGUUCAUAGAUUGCUGAUGCUUCAGGUAUUAUCAGUUGUUGCUGUUAACACAACAUAAAGAAAAUAUAUACGGCAUGUCAUUUUCCAAUUAGAAGUAAAGCAGAAAUAUGUAUGAAAAUGUCUGAAUUGUUUGUUUUUCACAAUGAGGCUCAAGUGCAGUUUGCAAAAUGUCUAACAACAACACAACAUUUAUGGACAUUUAUGAAUCAUCAUUAUACAUUAUAAACAGAAUAAUAAAUAUGAA